GAGGGCCAAGGUGUUUCCGGGCAAGCGGCGGGGUUAAGUGGAGAUGCGACUCGUGAGGCUCUCCUUUCCGAUCCCCCUUUGGGACACCCUCUGCCUACCUCUACCCUGGAGCCAGGAAGACCCAAGUCGUGGAGACCGGAUGGGCCCGCUCUCAGUUGACCUGGGCUCUGGGAACUGGUGGACUCUCCCUGGGGGCGUCGGGCUGGGAGUGGGUUCGGUUUGUGUGGCUUCGGCUCUAACAAAGAGAUCCGCUGUAAUCCCCCGAAUCUGUUAUCAAUUUCUCCGCUGCUUGAGCCCCGCCCUACGCGCCCCGCCCGCCGCGAAGCUUGGAAAGUGCACGCGGCCAGCAGCAAUCUGGGCCGCUGACUCGGAAACAUGUCGCAGCGUGUGUGUCUAUGCACGCGUGUGAGUGUGUAAAUGUGCACGAGUGUGAGUGUGUAUGAUGUGUGUGCACGCGGCAUUGGCUGCCCCUGGGGAGAGUUGACUUUGCAGCCUGGGCUGCGCGAGAAGCAGACUUUGCAGCCCACCCCCUCCCCUGGAGGAAAUUUGACACUUAGGUCGGGGGUGGGGAGAUAGCCGGAGCCUUCUCUCUCCUAGCUGGGGAAACCCCAGAUUUCCAUUCUCCAGGAUGCGCCCCCCAGCUUUGCAGCGUUUUGGAGACAACUGGGCCUUGGGUGCGGAGCCCUGCUUAGCAGGCGCUGGGGACCACAUAAGCGUUUCCUCUCUGAGAAGCCCCGAAGCGUCCAGGCCAAAGGGGGCGGCUCACGGAGAAAAACCUUGGCACGCUCCUGAGCCCCAUAGUUUUACCAGGGCUGCCUAGUCCCCUCUGUCCCUUUUACGGCACAGGUUCCAAGCCAGGCUCUUCCACCGCCUUAAAGAGGCUCACCUUUCUUUUCUUUUCUGUGGAAGGGGCUCCUUCAGGGGCUAUGGGCGAUGCAGUGCGGCAGGGUUAGACUUAUGUGUAAGGGGAUUUUAAAAACCCGCUCCUCCCACCCGCACCCGCCACCUACUCGCUCCGCCGCCGCCUACAGGUGGAGAAGUCACCAGUGGGGAGGAACGGCAGCGGAAGCUUCCAAGGCCAACUCCUACCCCUGAAAUUCUUCAGGAAGGGAACCUUCGCCGCUGGGGGCCUCUUUGCCCUGGAAUCGAUGCGCCCAGCUGCGGCUCCGGAGCCAGCGCCUCUGGCCCCGUCUGGACUCAUCCGCAAGGGCUCUGGCCUCGCCCCGCAACCCCACCUUUCGGGACUGACCGAACCAAGUCUGAGUUGGGUUGGAGAGGCUAGACUGGAGGCAGGGUGGCAGAGUUCCAACGACAGGCUCGCAGUGCCGCGAUGGCAAAGUGGCCCACAACCCCAGAUCAGGAACAAGGGAAACUGGAGUCUCUCUGGGCCUCCCAUCUCCUCCCUCCCCGGCAGCUGCCAGCUGUGGGGUGGGAGGGAGAGUGAAAAAUCAGAAUUUGGGAGAAAGCUGUGGGGAGGGCAGGGAAGGGAUCUUCUCCCCAGGCAGCGAGACCCAGACUCCCUUCUUUCCUCUAGGGUUCCAUCCCUUCUCUCAGUCCGUGGAAGAGGCCACAGGCGAUGCAGGCGAGGGUGGCUCUCUUUUCCAGUUUCCUUGGUUGGGAGACCCGACCUCUCUCUCCAUUAUCCCCUAGGGCCCCCACCUCCUUCUCCCCUCCCCAGUCUGGCUGGAGAACGUCCUUAAGGAAAUCCGGGCUGCUCUUCCCCAUCUGGAAGUGGCUUUCCCCAAAUCGGCUCGUAAACUGAUUAUGAAACAUACGAUGUUAAUUCGGAGUUGCAUUUCCCAGCUGGGCACUCUCGCGCGCUGGUCCCCGGGGCCUCGCCCCCCACCCCCUGCCCUUCCCUCCCGCGUCCUGCCCCCAUCCUCCACCCCCCGCGCUGGCCACCCCGCCUCCUCCGCAGUCUCUGGCGGCAGCGCGCUCCACUCGCUUCCGUGCUCCUCUCGCCCAUGGAAUUAAUUCUGGCUCCACUUGUUGCUCGGCCCAGAAGUCCGUUGGAAUAUUAAGCCCAGGAGUUGCUUUGGGGAUGGCUGGAAGUGCAAUGUCUUCCAAAUUCUUCCUAAUGGCUUUGGCCGUGUUUUUCUCCUUCGCCCAGGUUGUAAUUGAAGCCAAUUCUUGGUGGUCGCUAGGUAUGAAUAACCCUGUUCAGAUGUCAGAAGUAUAUAUUAUAGGAGCACAGCCUCUCUGCAGCCAACUGGCAGGACUUUCUCAAGGACAGAAGAAACUGUGCCACUUGUAUCAGGACCACAUGCAAUACAUCGGAGAAGGCGCAAAGACAGGCAUCAAAGAAUGCCAGUAUCAAUUCCGACACCGAAGGUGGAACUGCAGCACUGUGGACAACACCUCUGUUUUUGGCAGGGUGAUGCAGAUAGGCAGCCGCGAGACGGCCUUCACAUACGCGGUGAGCGCAGCAGGGGUGGUGAACGCCAUGAGCCGGGCGUGCCGCGAGGGCGAGCUGUCCACCUGCGGCUGCAGCCGCGCCGCGCGACCCAAGGACCUGCCGCGGGACUGGCUCUGGGGCGGCUGCGGCGACAACAUCGACUAUGGCUACCGCUUUGCCAAGGAGUUCGUGGACGCCCGCGAGCGGGAGCGCAUCCACGCCAAGGGCUCCUACGAGAGUGCUCGCAUCCUCAUGAACCUGCACAACAACGAGGCGGGCCGCAGGACGGUGUACAACCUGGCUGAUGUGGCCUGCAAGUGCCAUGGGGUGUCCGGCUCAUGUAGCCUGAAGACAUGCUGGCUGCAGCUGGCGGACUUCCGCAAGGUGGGUGAUGCCCUGAAGGAGAAGUAUGACAGCGCGGCGGCCAUGCGGCUCAACAGCCGGGGCAAGCUGGUGCAGGUCAACAGCCGCUUCAACUCGCCCACCACACAAGACCUGGUCUACAUUGACCCCAGCCCUGACUACUGCGUGCGCAAUGAGAGCACCGGCUCGCUGGGCACGCAGGGCCGCCUGUGCAACAAGACGUCGGAGGGCAUGGAUGGCUGUGAGCUCAUGUGCUGCGGCCGUGGCUACGACCAGUUCAAGACCGUGCAGACGGAGCGCUGCCACUGCAAGUUCCACUGGUGCUGCUACGUCAAGUGCAAGAAGUGCACAGAGAUCGUGGACCAGUUUGUGUGCAAGUAGUGGGUGCCGCCCAGCACUCAGCCCCGCUCCCAGGACCCGCUUAUUUAUAGAAAGUACAGUGAUUCUGGUUUUUGGUUUUUAGAAAUAUUUUUUAUUUUUCCCCAAGAAUUGCAACCGGAACCAUUUUUUUUCCUGUUACCAUCUAAGAACUCUGUGGUUUAUUAUUAAUAUUAUAAUUAUUAUUUGGCAAUAAUGGGGGUGGGAACCAAGAAAAAUAUUUAUUUUGUGGAUCUUUGAAAAGGUAAUACAAGACUUCUUUUGAUAGUAUAGAAUGAAGGGGAAAUAAUACAUACCCUAACUUAGCUGUGUGGACAUGGUACACAUACAGAAGGUAAAGAAAUACGUUUUCUUUUUCUCAAAUAUGCGAUCAUAUGGGAUGGGUAGGUUCCAGUUGAAGGAGGGUGGUAGAAAUCUAUUCACAAUUCAGCUUCUAUGACCAAAAUGAGUUGUAAAUUCUCUGGUGCAAGAUAAAAGGUCUUGGGAAAAAAAACCCAAAACAAACCUCCCUUCCCCAGCGCGGUUGCUAGCUUGCUUUCUGCAUUUUCAAAAUGAUAAUUUAAAAUGGAAGGACAAGAAUGUCAUAUUCUCAAGAAAAAAGGUAUAUCACAUGUCUCAUUCUCCUCAAAUAUUCCAUUUGCAGACAGACUGUCAUAUUCUAAUAGCUCAUGAAAUUUGGGCAGCAGGGAGGAAAGUCCCCAGAAAUUAAAAAAUUUAAAACUCUUAUAUCAAGAUGUUGAUUUGAAGCUGUUAUAGGAAUUAGGAUUCCAGAUUGUAAAAAGAUCCCCAAAUGAUUGUGGACACUAGAUUUUUUUUUGUUUGGGGAGGUUGGCUUGAAUAUAAAUGAAAAUAUCCUGUCAUUUUCUUAGGGAUACUUGGUUAGUAAAUUAUAAUGAUAAAAAUAAUACAUGAAUCCCCUUCACAGGUUCUCAGCCCAAGCAACAAGGUAAUUGCGUGCCAUUCAGCACUGCACCAGAGCAGACAACCUAUUUGAGGAAAAACAGUGAAAUCCACCUUCCUCUUCACACCGAGCCCUCUCUGAUUCCUCCGUGUUGUGAUGUGAUGCUGGCCACUUUUCCAACGGCAGCUCCACUGGGUCCCCUUUGGUUGUAGGACAGGAAAUGAAACAUUAGGAGCUCUGCUUGGAAAACAGUUCACUACUUAGGGAUUUUUGUUUCCUAAAACUUUUAUUUUGAGGAGCAGUAGUUUUCUAUGUUUUAAUGACAGAACUUGGCUAAUGGAAUUCACAGAGGUGUUGCAGCGUUUCACUGUUAUGAUCCUGUGUUUAGAUUAUCCACUCAAGCUUCUCCUAUUGUACUGCAGGUGUACCUUAAAACUGUUCCCAGUGUACUUGAACAGUUGCAUUUAUAAGGGGGGAAAUGUGGUUUAAUGGUGCCUGAUAUCUCAAAGUCUUUUGUACAUAACAUAUAUAUAUAUACAUAUAUAUAAAUAUAAAUAUAAAUAUAUCUCAUUGCAGCCAGUGAUUUAGAUUUACAGUUUACUCUGGGGUUAUUUCUCUGUCUAGAGCAUUGUUGUCCUUCACUGCAGUCCAGUUGGGAUUAUUCCAAAAGUUUAUCGAGUCUUGAGCUUGGGCUGUGGCCCUGCUGUGAUCAUACCUUGAGCACGACGAAGCAACCUUGUUUCUGAGGAAGCUUGAGUUCUGACUCACUGAAAUGCAUGUUGGGUUGAAGAUAUCUUUUUUCUUUUCUGCCUCACCCCUUUGUCUCCAACCUCCAUUUCUGUUCACUUUGUGGAGAGGGCAUUACUUGUUCAUUAUAGACAUGGACAUUAAUAGAUAUUCAAAACUCAGAAGCAUCAGCAAUGUUUCUCUUUUCUUAGUUCAUUCUGCAGAAUGGAAACCCAUUCUGCAGAAUAGAAAUGACAGUACUUAUUAAUUGAGUCCCUAAGGAAAAUUCAGCCCACUACAUAGAUAGCUAUUUUUUUUUUUAAUAAGGACACUUCUUUCCAAACAGUGCCAUCAAAUAUGUUCUUAUCUCAGACUUACAUUGUUUUAAAAGUUUGGAAAGAUACACAUCUUUCAUACCCCUCUUAGGCAGGUUGGCUUUCAUAUCACCUCAGCCAACUGUGGCUCUUAAUUUAUUGCAUAAUGAUAUUCACAUCCCCUCAGUUGCAGUGUAUUGUGAGCAAAAGAUCUUGAAAGCAAAAAGCACUAAUUAGUUUAAAAUGUCACUUUUUUGGUUUUUAUUAUACAAAAACCAUGAAGUAGUUUUUUUAUUUGCUAAAUCAGAUUGUUCCUUUUUAGUGAUUCAUGUUUAUGAAGAGAGUUGAGUUUAACAAUCCUAGCUUUUAAAAGAAACUAUUUAAUGUAAAAUAUUCUACAUGUCAUUCAGAUAUUAUGUAUAUCUUCUAGCCUUUAUUCUGUACUUUUAAUGUACAUAUUUCUGUCUUGCGUGAUUUGUAUAUUUCACUGGUUUAAAAAACAAGCAUCGAAAGGCUUAUGCCAAAUGGAAGAUAGAAUAUAAAAUAAAACGUUACUUGUAUAUUGGUAAGUGGUUUCAAUUGUCCUUCAGAUAAUUCAUGUGGAGAUUUUUGGAGAAACCAUGACGGAUAGUUUAGGAUGACUACAUGUCAAAAUAAUAGAAGAGUGGUGAAUUUUACCAAAACCAAACUAUUUGGAAGCUUCAAAAGGUUUCUGUAUGUAAUGGAACAAAAGGGGAAUUCUCUUUUCCUAUAUAUGUUCCUCACAAAAAAAAAAAAAAAAGAAAUCAAGCAGAUGGCUUAAAGCUGGUUAUAGGAUUGCUCACAUUCUUUUAGCAUUAUGCAUGUAACUUAAUUGUUUUAGAACGUGUUGCUGUUGUAACAUCCCAGAGAAGAACGAAAAGACACAUGCUUUUAUCCAUGACCAGAUUUUUAGUCCAAAAAAUGUAUUUUUUUGUGUGUUUACCACUGCAACUAUUGCACCUCUCUAUUUGAAUUUACUGUGGACCAUGUGUGGUGUCUCUAUGCCCUUUGAAAGCAGUUUUUAUAAAAAGAAAGCCCGGGUCCGCAGAGAAUGAAAACUGGUUGGAAACUAAAGGUUCACUGUGUUAAGUGCAAUUAAUACAAGUUCUUGUGCUUUUCAAAAAUGUACACGGAAAUCUGGACAGUGCUGCACAGAUUGAUACAUUAGCCUUUGCUUUUUCUCUUUCAGGAUAACCUUGUAACAUAUUGAAACCUUUUAAGGAUGCCAAGAAUGCAUUAUUCCACAAAAAAAAGUAGACCAACAUAUAGAGUGUUUAAAAUAGCAUUUCUGGGCAAAUUCAAACUCUUGUGGUUCUAGGACUCACAUCUGUUUCAGUUUUUCCUCAGUUGUAUAUUGACCAGUGUUCUUUAUUGCAAAAACAUAUACCCGAUUUAGCAGUGUCAGCGUAUUUUUUCUUCUCAUCCUGGAGUGUAUUCAAGAUCUUCCCAAUACAAGAAAAUUAACAAAAAAUUUAUAUAUAGGCAGCAGCAAAAGAGCCAUGUUCAAAAUAGUCAUUAUGGGCUCAAGUAAAAAGAAGACUUUAAAGUUAUAAUCCAGUUUAUCUGUUGAGUUCUGUGAGCUACUGACCUCCUGAGACUGGCACUGUGUAAGUUUUAGUUACCUACCCUAGCUCUUUCCUCAUACAAUUUUGCCAAUACCAAGUCUCAAUUUGUUUUUACAAAACAUUAUUCAAGCCACUAGAAUUAUCAAAUAUGAUGCUAUAGCAGAAUAAGUGCUCUAAAUAAGAGACCGGUACUAGCUAACUCCAAGAGAUCAUUAGCAACAUCAGUCCACAAAGACUUAGUGGCCCACAAUAUAUAUAGAGAUAGAAAAGGUAGUUAUAACUUGAAGCAUAUAUUUAAUGCAAAUAGGCACGAAGGCACAGGUCUAAAAUACUACAUUGUCACUGUAAACUAUACUUUUAAAAUAUUUAUUUUUUUAAAAGUAUUUUGUAGUCUUUUCUCUCUCUGUGGAAUGGUGAAAGAGAGACGCCUUGUUUUGAAAGUAAGAUGAUGAAAUGAAUUUUUAAUUCAAGAAACAUUCAGAAACAUAGGAAUCAAAACUUAGAAAAAUGAUCUAAUUUCCCUGUUCACACAAACUUUAAUCUGAUAAUUGGAUGUUUUAUUUUAGUGAAACAUCAUCUUGUUAGCUAACUUUAAAAAAUGGAUGUAGAAUGAUUAAAGGUUGGUAUGAUUUUUUUUAAAUGUAUCAGUUUGAACCUAAAGAUUGAAUUAAAAUGCUGUCUCAGUAUUUUAAAAGCAAAAAAGGAAUGGAGGAAAAUUGCAUCUUAGACCAUUUUUAUAUGCAGUGUACAAUUUGCUGGGCUAGAAAUGAGAUAAAGAUUUAUUUAUUUUUGUUCAUAUCUUGUACUUUUCUAUUAAAAUCAUUUUAUGAAA